AUGUAUUUAUGGACAACAAUAUUAUGUUUAUUAUUAGGUUUUUUAGUCUAUAAAUUGUCUAAAUUUUAUUACCAAUAUUAUAGUCUACCUCCCGGUCCAUUUCCAUUGCCUAUAAUAGGCAAUAUGUUAACUAUUUUAGGAGAUUUUAGGGACAACUCAUUCAGGAAAAUGACUAAAAAAUAUGGACCAAUAUUUACCGUCUAUUUUGGUAAUACUCCUCAAGUGUUUAUAACUGAUGCCGAUAUCGCCCGACAAGUGUUUAGUAAACCUGAAUUUGCGGGACGACCGCACAAUUAUUUCGCAACAUUGUUGACCAAUGGUAUAACAACUAGUGAUUACGAUAACAGUUUAAAAGCAAUUAGACGUGUAGGACUAAUGGCAACAGUAAAAUAUUCGACAAAUGAACGUCUAGUGAAUGUUGCGGUCGAUUGUGUGGACAAAACAGUUGAAUCAAUGUUGAAAAGGGAGGGUCCGGACAAACCUAUUAAACCCGCGGACUAUAUCUAUCUAACAUUUCUCAACAUAUUAGCCAACAGUUCGUUCAAUGAAAAUUACAAUAUCGAUGACAAAGAGUUCAUAAAAUUAAAAUAUGUAUUUAAAGAUAUUGACAAUGAAUUUGUUGUCAAUUCAUUUUUGAAUGAAUAUAUAAAACCAUUGAAAUGGUUUGAUCGUAAAGUCUAUGAAAAAAAGUCAAAAGCUUAUAAUGAAAUGCGUGAAUUGAUUUUGAAAAAAUUCAAAACACAUUACAUUGAUUAUAAUCCUGAUUUUGAACGAGAUUUAUGCGAUGCACUUAUUGAUGCUAAAAAUGUUGCCGUAAGGGAUGGCCGCCAAUCGGCUACAUAUCUAACCGAUGAUCGACUGGCGAUGUGUGUGUUUGAAAUGUUUUUCGGCGGAAUCAAGACAUCGGAGAUAACAUUUCAAUGGAUUUUACUAUUGAUGGCCUAUUAUCCAGAAAUGCAGAUCAGAUUGAAACAGGAAAUUGAAUCGAAAAUCGGUAACCGAUUGCCCGGACAUCAGGACAGACAACAGUGUCCAUAUGUGAUGGCAUUUAUAGCCGAAACGUUAAGAUUUAGAAAUGUUUCGCCAUAUGCUUUGGCCCACAAAUCAAUGGUCGACAGCAAAAUAGAAAACUAUACGAUACCUAAAGGUAUGAUUUUGUAUGCAUAUCAGGGAAUUAUAUUGAGAAACAAUUUGGACACAAAAUAUUGGACGACCGCUAAUGUCGAUGACUUUAUACCCGACCGUUUCAUCGACACUACUGACGGUACUUAUAGGACGACCGGUUUUCCUGCAUUCAUACCGUUCGGUGUCGGACGUCGUCAAUGUUUAGGCGAAAGUUUAGCCAUCGCUCAGCUGUUUCUAGUAUUGGUCCGAUUUAUACAAUCGACACAACAGUAUGAUAUAGUUUUGGACAGUCAUCAGGGUUUGGAUGCCGACCCAAACAACUCAAUAGUAAUUAGUCCUAAAAAUUAUACGAUUGUAUUGAAGAGUAAAAUUUAA